CCCCGCCCCGUCCCGUGCGCUGCCGACAGAGCAUGGCGGGCCCGAGCGGCGGGGCCCGGCGGCCGCUGCUGCCGCUACUCCUGAGCCCCCGCCCGCCGCCGCCGCACAGCAGCCAGGGGCCGCCGCGCAGGACCGGGGGCUCGGCGGCGGCGGCGGCGGGGCCGGCACGGCUGAAAGGACCAGAGGAGCUACCGGGGCCGGGGUUGCUCCGGACUUUCGUCUGGCUCUUCCUGCGGGGCUACCUGCUGCACACGCACCGGCUCCAGCUGAUGUCCCGGCGCAUUUAUGGCCCUAUUUGGAAGUCAACUUUCGGGCAUUAUGAGAACAUCAACAUUGGGAGCCCAGUGGUGCUGGAGCAGCUGCUACGGCAGGAGGGCAAGUACCCCAUGCGGAGUGACAUGGCCCUGUGGAAGGAGCACCGGGACACCCGACGCCUGCCUUACGGACCCUUCACUGAGGAAGGGGAACGCUGGUACCGCCUGCGCCAGGUCCUCAACAAGCGUCUGCUGAAGCCCUCGGAGGCCGUGCUGUACGCGGACGCCAUUGGCGAAGUGGUGUCGGACCUGAUGGUGCGGCUGCGGGACGAGCGGAGCCGCAGCCCCUCAGGGGUGCUGGUGGGGGAUGUGGCCAACCUGCUCUACCGCUUCGCCCUGGAAGGGAUCUCCUAUAUACUCUUUGAGACCCGCAUUGGCUGCCUGAAGCAGCAAGUCCCUGCCGAGACCCAGCACUUCAUUGACUCCAUCAACCUCAUGUUCAAGAACUCCAUCUUUGCCACCGUCCUGCCCCGAUGGAGCCGCAAGGUCCUGCCCUUCUGGGACCGCUACCUGGACAGCUGGGACACCAUCUUUGCCUUUGGCAAGACCCUGAUUGACCGAAAGAUGAAGGAGCUGGAGGGGCAGGUGGAGCGGGGCAAGGAAGUGUCUGGCUACCUGAGCUACCUGCUGGCCAGUGGCAGGCUCAGCUUGGAUGAGGUCUAUGGCAGUGUGGCCGAGCUGCUGCUGGCCGGCGUGGACACGACCUCCAACACUCUGUCCUGGGCCCUGUACCACCUUUCCCGGGAUCCAGACAUCCAGGAGGCCCUGUACCAGGAGCUGAAAGCUGUCGUGCCUGCUGACCGGUUUCCUGCUGCUGAGGAUAUCCCCAAGAUGCCAAUGCUUCGGGCAGUUAUCAAGGAGACGCUGAGGGUCUACCCCGUGGUGCCCACCAAUGCCAGGGUCUUCUAUGAGAAGGACAUUGUCAUCGGAGACUACCUCUUCCCCAAGAACACCCUCUUUGUCCUGGCACACUAUGCCAUGUCCCACGAUGAGACCUACUUCCCUGAGCCUGAGCGGUUCCUGCCCCAGCGCUGGCUCCGGGGCCACGGUUCCCCCCACCACCCCUUCAGCUCCAUCCCAUUUGGCUAUGGGGUCCGUGCCUGUGUUGGCCGCAGGAUUGCUGAGCUGGAGAUGCACCUGGCCCUCGCCAGGAUCAUCCAGGCAUUUGAGGUGCUGCCAGACCCUCGUGGCGUGGAGGUGACAUCCGUGUCCCGCAUCGUCCUGGUGGCCGACAAGCCCAUCAACCUGGAGUUCAUUGCUCGCCCAGGGGCCCCCUGACUGCGUGGCCACCCCCCAACCCUGGGUGCCAAGUGGGGACCUCCACUGCCCCAUCAGGAGGGGCAGGAAGGCAAACCCCCAUCACCUACCCCCUGCCUGGCUUGGACCAGGGAGCUCCCAGCCCCAAUGUGGGGAAGAUAGAGGGGACAAGGAAUUCAUCCAAAUCGCCCCUGGGGCACUGGUAUCCCCCUACCCCAAAUCAGCAGGAGACUUGGGGAACUGCUGUGCCUUUCACAUGCCACAGGGGAUUGUGUCCCUGCCAUCCCCUGCCUAUCUGAGCUGUGUCAGGGACCUGGGAGCUCUGUGGGGACAGGGAGGGAAGAGGGGAGGGGGCUUGCAGCCAUUCAGUGUCUCCUUCAUCCUGUCUUUGUGUAGCUGCGUGUGGAUCUGUGCCUGAAGCCAGGACAUCUGGGUCCUCUCUGAAAAACUGACCUUGGUCUUAGCCACUUCUCUGUGCCUCACUUUCCCUCCUGCAUCCAAGGUUGAGUGCUGGUGGGGGUUUGGGGUUUGCUCUUGGUCCUGAUGAACAGGGCUACCCCUGGCUCUGGGCAAGUGGAGCAAUAACAUAGCAUGUCCCCUGUGAUGGGGAGGAGGCCUGUCACCACCUGGUGCUGGUAUGGUGUCCUCUAGCAGGGCCAGCCAGAACCGGGUGGGGUGUGAAGUGCUCAGGACCUUUCACUAUCAGCUGUUAUUUCACUGAGAUGCUGAUAUGGGGUGACGGGAAUGGGAGCAGGACUCACUCCAGGCCAAGCAGCCAGGGCAGAAUUGGCUCAGCUCCUCCCUGUCCCCAGAUGAGGACAUGGGGCUGAUAUCUAGGACCAUCACAGGACCCUACACACCACCCCUAUAGUAGAGCUACCAAAUCUGCAUGCCACAUGUCUCUGUCCCCCUGACUGUACCCCAUGGACAGAGGUGCCACCCUGUGUCCACACCACCCUUGCUGGCAAUCCACCCUUGCUGGCAUCCCCGGCUGGUUUCCCCAGCCCUCCUUAGCAGCUGGCAUCCCCUUCCCAGCCUUGCUCUCUCUGGGGGAGCCAUGCCCAGCUGCACCCCAGGAAGGCAAGGCAGCAGUUCCUGGAGCAGACUGCUUUAUUACAACAAGGCUCAACAGACCAGCAAAUAAAUAUUCCCCACCCACCCCAAAAA